CUGGACUCUGUCAUCAGUUUACGGGAUACCUGACAUUGUCUUACUGUUCCUACUUGUUCCUUCGACGACUACAAUGAAAGUUUCUUGACAAAGAUGAGGAAACAUAAUACUUCUGCUGGCUCUUGAUUUUGGAUAGAGAUUUUCAAGACUGUAUACCUCCAUAUUUCUUCCAGAGAGUAGAGUUGGAACUUAACGCAUAAGGCAUGGAGACCAGCCGUUGGGUCUGGACCUUCCUGCUGUUGGGCUUGGGGUUCACGGGCAGCAUUCGAGGCCUCCCAGCACAAACAUCUAUAGACUGUAAAACUCCACGGAAUCAGGAUCUCUCAUCCAUUCCUGAGGAAUAUAAAGGUGUGGUAGAAUUUGUGAAUAUACCACGAGGAGUUGAAAUAUUUUUGGAGUCUCCAUCAUGUCCGGAAUGUGUCUCAUUCCUGCAGCUGAACUAUACUGUUGGAGAUGCAUUAGCUUCAGUGAUCACACAGAAACCUUUGGAUGCAGAAGCUCUCAAACCAAACGGACAUUUAGUAUCUUUCUCCUACUCCAUCUCAUGUAAAAGUGGGAUCAGAAACAAUAGAACACUGGUGCUAAAUGACAUCAAUGACAAUGCACCAGUGUUUGAUAAAGACAUGUACACAGUGAAUGUGUCAGAGGCGAAGCCAGCUAACACCGAGGUGACUCAAGUCAAAGCAGUGGAUGCAGAUGUCUCCUCACUCUAUAGCCAUGUCAGCUACAGUAUCGAGCCGACGACAACUACAUUUGAAAUCCGACCAGAUGGAUCAAUAAUGUUGAAGAAAGAGCUGGACUACACCACGUCAAAAGUGUACAACUUUACAGUGAAAGCAGAGGAUAUUGAGCGCAAAACAGGAGAAACUACUGUUAUAAUUAAUGUGUUGGCAACCCCAGGACCUGCUUUUGAACAUGACAAUUAUAAUGCCAUGAUGCGUGAGCAUGAGGUGGGUCCAGUUUUAUCGAUUCAUCCAGCCCCAAUAUGGGCUUAUUGUAAGGAUCAGAAGAUCAUUUACAACAUCACUGAAGUAUCUCCUGGAGAGCUUUGGGGAAACUUUGCCAUUGAGAAUAAAACAGGAGUCAUCACUGUUAAAAAGGAACUGGAUAGAGAGAAAGCAUCCAUGAUAAACUUGGUCAUAAUGGCAUCACUAAAAAAUGAUGGCAAGAAGACAGCAGUUGCCACGGUGGAGGUUAAUGUGGUGGACAUGAAUGAGCCUCCAGUGUUCAAUCCUGAAGUGUACAGAGCUGAGAUCUUCAGUGUGGUUCCAGCCGGCUAUCCUGUUAUGGAAGUCAAGGCCACAGAUCCUGAUGUGGGGGAGACACUGAGUUACUCUCUGGUGGAGCCCAGUUCCAUGUUUGCUGUGGAGCCCUCUAGUGGUCAGGUGUAUGUAGUGUCAGUUGCUGGCCUGAGUCGGAAUGUAACCCUGCAGGUGAAGGUAGAAGACCAGCAUGGACUCUACGACACAUCAACAGUGGAGGUGACUAUACACUACUGCGAAGAGAACAAUGUAGUGAAAAUCUCUUUGAACAUGCCAUAUGAUAGUGUGAUGAACAAGUCCAUGGAGAUGAAGACGGCUCUUGAGAGUGCAUUAAGCUGGGAUGUGAGGAUUAUCAGAAUCAGCGGUGAUAAGGCACGGAACCUUCCCCUAAGCAGAUCUUCCACCCAUCAGACAUACGUCGACUUUAUCGCACUCACACAGAACAACGUGAUAAUGCCCAAAGAUGACGUUGAAACGAGACUGAAUAAUGAGAAGCAGAAGGUUCUGACGGAACUCCAGGCUGUGUUUGGUCCUGAUGUGGAUUAUGACAUCUUGGGAGAUGAAGCUCCUUCAUGGCCUACCAUCGUAGCAGUUACCCUGGGAGUAGUGGGAGCGCUGGCAGGCAUUAGUCUGACUGUCUUUGGGGUUGUGCGAAAAAGACACAGGCGCAGAAAAUCCAUAGACUCCAUGGAAGACAACCCUAAUUUCUAGGCCGGCCACUGGCAUACAGGAGAAUGGCCAUCAGCAUACAACUGAAAUGCAACGUCUAUCACCUAAUAUUAUUAACUCAGGCAGAUCUUAUUUUAUUGUGUGUGUGUGUUUGCGUGUGUUUGCGUGUGUGUGUGUGUGUGUGUGUGUGUGUGUGUGUGUGUG